AUGCUUACGUCCGGCCUCACCAACACCCCGCUCACGAAAUCCCUCCUCAUCUACAUCAUCGCAUCCUCAAUCGCACUCUCAAUCCUCGACAUCAAGCAUCUCGGCUCAAUUUAUGUCUCACCACACCUCUGGCCAUAUGCUCAAUUUUGGCGCACUCUCAUCUGGCAAGCCGCCGGCUUUGCCAACUCCACCGAAGCGCUCUUCGCCGCCAUGUUGGUGUAUCACCUUCGAGUCGUUGAGCGGGCAUGGGGAAAGCGAAAGAUGGCCACCUUCCUCCUCACAACCCUUCCUUUUACCACCAUCCUGCCACCCCUCCUCCUCGCCAUCCUCGUCCGGCCACUCUCCCUAAACAACCUUAACUACCUCCCCUCCGGCCCAACGGCAAUGAUCUUUGCCCUGCUUGCCCAAUACCACGCCACAAUCCCACACACUUUCCGCUACCGCAUCGGCACAACAUCUUCCUCCAACACAGCAACCACAAGCACGACUUACAACAAUACCCACAACAAUACCGACAAUAGAACUCCAACCCCCAAACCACCCCCACCAAGUCUAACUCUCCUUCUCUCCGACAAAUCAACAACCUACCUAAUCGCUGCCCAACUCGCCCUCUCCCAAUUCCCCGCCUCGCUCCUCCCGGCUCUAACAGGAUGGAUCGUUGGCACAGCCUGGCGCGCCGAACUCCUUCCAGGCCUCUCGCCCACAAGCAACGGUUUCCGGGUCCCGGCGUGGCUGGUAGGUGAGCGUGAGCGAAGGGAUGGAGGUGCUGCGAGUGCGGCGGCUGAAGGGGAGAGGGAGCGGUUUGAGGAUAUGAGGCGAAGGCUUGAAGGUGAAGCGGAAGCUUCUGGGUUGGAGGGGGCUGCGCCGGGACAGAGGCGGAGAAAUGGGGGUAAUGAGGGUGGUGGACUUGCGGAGAGAUUGAGGGGUGCUUGGUGA